AUGGAAUCCGAGAUCUCAUCACUAUUGGAGAAAAACUUCGACGCUGUCCAAAUCAAAAGCGAGAUUUUGGAAUCUUACCGAGCAUGCCAAGCCCGGGGUCUUCUGCAGUCUACGAAAUUUUUCGCAGAACUGCUGGUCUGUCUGAAAGAUGUAGAGGUGCCGGAUGACGAUUCGUUCUUCGCGGAGGAAACCGAUAAGCGAUAUCUGCGCUGCUUCGCAUACUUCAACAGGAGAGAGUACAAUCGAGCUGAGUAUUUUGCGAAGAAGGAGAAGUCGCCGAAAUCCAAGUUUCUCUACUACUAUUCGAAAUAUCAAUCCUGUGAGACGAAGCGUGCUGAUAAUUUCGGAGAGAGCAUCGGUGCACUCGUGGAUAGUCGAGCUAAGGACGAUUCUCUGAAGACCCUCUAUUGGGAAAUGAAAAACGACCCCGAUGUCACCAAAGACGGGUACUGUCUCUACCUCUUCGGAGUCGUCCAGCGAAUCAUGGGACUGCACACUCUAGCCAUGGUGACGCUACAGAGUGCCUUGAAACAUGAACCAUUCCUGUGGGCGGCCUGGACGGAACUCUCCCUCCUACCGCGGUCGAGGGCUGAGGUCAUUUCAUUGCGACUACCGUACAAUUGGAUAACCCUGAUGUUCUUGGGUAAAACACUGACCGCCGUUGAUCCGUCGUUGCCUGCCGUCCAGCAAAUCUGGUCGAAGCUCGAAACUAUAUUUCCCGAUUGUCCGUACAUUACGACUCAGAGAGCUGUGUCCUUGAACGCUCGAUACCCUCCAGGGGCUGACGAAGCUCAGGAACUAUUCAUGAAAGUUCGGGAAGCGGAUCCGUGUCGUCUGGACAACCUGGAUACCCUGUCCAAUAUCCUCUUUGUUGGUGAGCAGCAAGAGGAACUAGCGAAGUUAGCUCAAGAAAUGCAAGCGGUCGACCCGCAUCGUAGUGAAACAUGUGGGGUGGUGGGCAACGUAUUCAGCUUCCGACGGCAACACGCUCAGGCACUUCUGUACUUCAAGAAGGCAAUCAAAAUAAAUGUCAACUACUUCCCCGCCUGGACGUUCAUGGGACACGAGUACGCGGCCAUCAAGAACUAUCACGCGGCCGUUCACUCCUACGCUCAGGCCAUUGAAGUGAACAAACGAGACCAUCGAGCCUGGGCCAGUUUAUCUCUGAUGUAUGAGCAGCUCAAGAUGUCUUCCCACGCGCUUUACUAUCAAGAGCGGGCGCAGCGUCUGCGUCCCACCUGCCCCCAAAUGAUGUUUUCGCUCGCCGAGCGUUACGAGAAGUCCGCGAAGAACGAUUUCGCUGCUCUCUGUUACUCUCAAGCGCAUGAACUCGCGAAGGGCAACGAUUUCAAACAAGCGUCAUGUGCGCUGUACAGGUUGGCCAGGCUCUACUUAUCCAUACGAGAAAACGAGAAAGCGAGGUUCGCCUACGAAAAUUAUGUGAAGUUCGCAUGGGAUUCUCGAGACCGCACCAGCUCGCCGCUCAUGACAGCCCUCAUAUUCUUGUGCGAAUAUUAUUUGACCCGCGACGCGGACGAAGCUCAAAGUUAUCUCAAGAUGCUCGAUGAGAUACCCGAAGGUCAAGAAGCCGCGCGUAGGAUGCGGGAUCGUUUACGAGGAGGAAGUCCUCAAGCAGGCGUUUCGGAUGAUACAGUGGACAUGACGGACGCCUCGGAUAGCAUGGUUCUAGAUACUUCGUUGUAG